UUGACAAUCUUACAGAUAAACCCCUAUUCCCCUGGUGUCGAGCUCCAACAGGCGGCGGCGGCGGCGGCGGUGGCAGCAGCCGGGACCAUAGCGCAGUAUGGCUUGGACGGCCACGGCCACACUGUGCUGCCGCCUCAUCCGCCUCCCCUCCGCCCGCCGCCCUCCCCCGUCCCGGGCCCGGUGCUUUGCCACGCAGAGCCCCGACGCGGUGGACAAGGAGUACGCCGACCUCAACCUCCGGCCGCUCUACACCAAUGUCUGCACUCCACACUUCUUCACUUCAUUCCUAAUGCCUGCUCUACCAAUCUCACCGCUCAUCCGUCUCUGUACGCAGAGGGGCCAGCACCUGCGCAUCCGGCAGCACGUGAACCCGCUCAGCUCAUCCUUCUCCGAACCCACGGAGCCACCAGACUGGAAGGAAGUGUUCGAGGACCCCCUGCUGCCCCUCAUGGUUGACAUCGGCUGCGGGAGUGGGAGGUUCUUGAUUUGGCAUGCAAAGAACUCAGGCCAGAGGCGGAACUACCUUGGGCUGGAAAUCCGGGAAAAGUUGGUGGAGCGAACACAAUUUUGGGUGAAUGAAUUGGGGCUUAGGAACAUCUAUUUUAUGUUUGCAAAUGCAACGGUGUCUUUUGAGAAAAUCAUAUCGUCAUACCCUGGCCCCUUGUCACUUGUUUCAAUACUGUGUCCUGAUCCACACUUUAAGAAGAGACAUCACAAAAGAAGAGUUCUACAGCCACCAUUGGUCGAUUCAAUCACCAAGAAUCUCUGUUUAGGAGGGCAGGUUCUCAUACAAUCAGAUGUACUGGAAGUAGCUGCAGACAUGAGAGAAAGAUUUGAUGGGUACUCUGACAUUUUGGAACAUGUUGAUUGUGUUGAUAAAGAUCUUCACUGUGACAAUGAAGGAUGGCUUCUGGACAAUCCAAUGGGAAUCCGGACAGAAAGAGAAAUCCAUGCAGAGCUAGAAGGAGCUACCAUAUACAGGAGGAUGUACCAAAAGAUUAGAGAUGCUUCUCACUAAUAGCCCAACCAUAUACAGAGAUAGAAGGUUCAUCAGUCCAAGCAGCAAGGACUUGUGUCUUCUCGCUCGAAUCAUGCAUCACAACAACCAUUUUUCACUGUAACCAGCCUAUUCUAAAGCAAGUUGCCUUUACGACAUCAAGCUGCAUUACACUUCUGACAAUCAGAAGCACAGAUCCUCAUCUUUGUUGACCUGAUGUAAUGAGUCAGAUUAGUCAAUACUUGCUGAAGAUGACAAUUGACAAGGCAGUUCAUUUGUUAUGCCAAACCAUGGGCAUGAUGUUUGGCAUCUGCUAAUGUCUAUAUUCUGUCCAGCAUUCAGGUCUGGGAGUCAAUCACUGGAGAUCAGUAGGUAUACAAUUUCUAGAGGCAAUCCAGAUGAAGCUAUUUGUUGUACAGUAGGAUUGCUGAAACAUGGCUCACUCAGGUCAUGUACCUUGGGUUUAGUAUAGAAAAGGAAAGAUCAGAUCAUGUCGCAUUAAACUUAUUUGUUUUUUAGGAGCAGAUCUGUUUCGGUUCAAAAAAGAGUUGUAGAUCUCUUAGUUUCUUCUGGUGCAAGUAUAUGGUGGGAUCCUAGACAUUUUUACCAGUGAACUGGAUCACUGUUUGUUGUAUUGUAUUGGUACCGUGCUACCCGUUAUUAAACAUUCUUGUGUGCAGGACUUGGUUACAUA